UUUUAUGUUUGUGGUUUGACAACAUACGUUGAGGUUAUGUCGUGACAUUUUAUACAAUGUGGAUCAAAAAAUACCUGCUUAAACCUCAUUCACCCUCAUUAUAAAUUUCUGUUCCACUCAGUCACUUAACUGGGCCAGGAUUGUGUUUCAAGAUAAUCAAAUUAAUAAACAUGGCGAUAGCGACAAAUAGUUCAAUAUUAUCAUUGUUACCAAAAUAUCUGUUUUGAUAAGAAUGGCUUCGUGGAGCACUUACUUGCAAGCGAUUUUCUACAUUGCUCUGUUAUUUUUCGUUAUCCCUAUAAGAAUAAAAGGCCCAGACCAAGCCGAAUCACAAUUUCAAGAGUACUUGAAAAGGUUCAACAAGACAUACGAUGACCCUUCUGUGUAUCAAAACCGUCUUCAUGCAUUUAAGCAAUCACUACAAACAAUCGAGACUUUGAAUUCCAAAAAAAGGAAUGGUUCAGCACUGUACGGUUUAACGAAAUUCUCGGACUUGUUACCAGAGGAAUUUUUCCAAACCUAUUUACAAUCAAACCUGAGUCAGAAGACGCAUUCAAAUGAGCCAAAACGACACCACCAUAAACGAGCAACAGUGCCUAAUAAAGUAGAUUGGAGAGAAAAAAACGCAGUGACUAGAAUUUACAACCAAGGCAGUUGUGGGGCCUGCUGGGCCUACUCUGUUAUUGAAACUGUGGAGUCCAUGAACGCCAUCAAAACCAACAAGUCUGAGGAGCUCAGUGUGCAAGAAAUUAUCGAUUGCGCUGGUAACAACAAAGGGUGCAAUGGGGGCGAUAUUUGCACUUUACUGUCUUGGAUCAAAGCCACAAAUUUCACGAUUCAAAGACACGCCGAUUAUGGGGGUAAAUGUGGCCGGGGCUCGGCUGGUGUCCAUGUUAGAGACUUCAUGUGUGAAGGAUUAGUGGGGUCUGAAGAUGUUAUGUUGAGGCUUUUGGCGGAUAAUGGACCCCUGGCUGUUGCGAUUAAUGCGCAAACUUGGCAGAAUUACAUUGGAGGUGUUAUUGAGUAUCACUGUGAUGGGGAUCCGUCAAAGUUAAAUCAUGCUGUCCAGAUUGUUGGGUAUGAUUUGACUGCAAGUAUUCCGCAUUAUAUUGUCAGGAAUACGUGGGGUGUGGACUUUGGGGACGGGGGAUUUUUGUACAUAGCUGUGGAUAAAAAUAUGUGUGGGAUCGCAAACGAGGUCUCAGCAUUAAGAGUACUGUGAUUUAUUUAGAUAGUGAUGUUUAAGUGUAUCCAUUUUAUGUAGAAAAUGUAUAGGUUUUAUACACCAAGUGAGAAUAAAUGUUUUUUUAUUA